AUGCAGUACAGUGGCAUUUACUCUCAAGGUCGUCGAGGAUAUCCGUAUCACUCUUAUUUCUAUCGACCUACAGAACCUCCUCGCAACUUUUAUUAUCCUCCACCUCCACCUCCACCUCCACCUCCUUCUCCUCCACCAUCUACGGCUCCUACUAAUUACUACCAGUCUCCUAACCUUGGUGGCUAUCCUCCAUCUUAUUACCCUUCUGGAUUUCCAAACAAUUAUAACAAUCCUUUUAUUAGGUAUUCGUACAAUUCUGGUGGUAACCGUUAUGAUGGACAUGGAAUACAGAGAAAUGGAGACGUUAAGAUUGGUAAUGCAAACGCAAACGCAAACGGUAAACGCAAAGAACGCAAGAAUACAGUCAUUGGUGGAUCUCAUGGCAAUAUAGGCGGACAUCAAGUGUCUGGGGAUGUUAUCUUAGGUGACUUACGCUAG